UGGAGCAAACGUUUAUAUUGACAAAAGUUAAUAAUAUUUUUUAAAUAAAUAAUAAAAAAAUUAAUUUUAAAUUAUUUGGAAAUAAUAAAUUAUAAAAAUGGGGAAACGACAGCAUCAAAAGGAUAAAAUGUACCUGACGUACACAGAAUGGACGACUCUUUACGGAGGAAAAAAGUCGGGCGAGAAUUCAGAGACCAGUGAAGACUCAACCUUCCGAAGAUUGCCUUUCAAUCAUUGCUGUGUCAGCUUGCAACCAUUUGAGCAUCCGUAUUGCGACCCCGAUGGCAAUGUUUUUGAAUUAGAACCUAUAUUAACAUAUGUAAAACAUUUUAAACACAAUCCUGUAACAGGAAAGCCAUUUGAUGUUAAAAAACUUAUUAAGUUGAAUUUCACUAUAAAUUCUGCUGGAGAGUAUCAUUGUCCUGUACUCUUUAAAGUUUUUUCAAAGUUCUCGCAUAUUGUCGCUGUAAAAACAACUGGAAAUGUUUUCUCUUGGGAAGCUGUUGAACAAUUGAAUAUUAAAACGAGAAAUUGGAAGGAUUUAAUUAAUGACCAGCCAUUUACUCGCGCUGAUCUUAUUACUAUCCAAAAUCCUACCGAUGCUAGUAAAUUUAAUUUAUCUAGAUUUCAUCAUAUUAAAAAUAAUUUGAGGGUUGAAGAUGAAGAAACUAUUAGAGAGCGUAAUGAUCCAAACGCUAAACUUAAGACAGUCUCAGCAGAGACAAGUGACAUAUUGGCAGAGCUUAAGAGGGAUUAUAAACCUCCUGAGCAAAAAGAAGAAAUAGUAAAAGCAACAGCUGAUAAAUUUAAUGCGGCUCAUUACUCAACUGGCGCGGUAGCAGCAGGUUUUACUUCCACAGUAAUGCCAAGAGAAACAGUUCAUCAAGCAGCAAUUAUAGCUGAUGACUUAGUUAGAUAUGAAAGAGUUAAAAAGAAAGGAUAUGUGAGAUUAGUUACGAAUUUUGGUACGCUAAAUCUCGAGCUUCAUUGCGAUAUUGUACCAAAAACCUGUGAAAAUUUUCUUAAACAUUGUCAAACUGGUUAUUAUGAUAAUACUAAAUUUCAUCGAUCGAUAAGAAAUUUUAUGAUUCAAGGUGGAGAUCCUACUAACACUGGUAAUGGUGGCAAAUCUAUUUGGGAUGCACCAUUUGCCGAUGAAUUUAAACCAAAUUUAACUCACCAAGGAAGAGGUAUUCUUUCGAUGGCAAAUUCUGGACCAAAUACAAAUGGAUCACAAUUUUUCAUAACUUUUCGGUCGUGUCGACACUUAGAUCGCAAGCAUACAGUUUUCGGCAAAAUUGUUGGCGGUUUGGAUACUUUGAAUGCUAUGGAAAAAAUAGAAGUUGACAAUAAAGAUCGACCUAUUGAAGAUAUCAUCAUUCUUCGCGCAAACGUUUUUGUGGAUCCUUUUCAAGAAGCUGAUGAACAAUUAGCAGCUGAAAGAGCUGCUGAGUUAGAAAAAGCUGCUCAAGAAGCUAAAAAUAAAUUAGCGGUUAACAAAAAUAAAGAACAAAAAAAUGUUUUAAAGGCUUAUCAUUCUGGUGUUGGAAAAUUUAUAAAUAUUGCUAAAGAAACAGAAGUUGCGGAGUCAAAUGUUCCAGUUAAGAAGAAAAAAAAAUUGACAUCCUCUGUCGGAAAUUUUUCAUCGUGGUAAACUUAAUUGUGAAUAUAAUUAAUAAAAUUUAAAUUAUUUUUUACAUUGUAAAAUAAAACUAUUUUUUUUUUAUUAUUGUAAAAUGUUGUACUAAUUCAUAAUAAUUACUAUUAAUUAUUUAAACUAGAAGUAAUAUGUUGUUUAAGAAAAGCUAUUUAGAAAAUGAAUUUUUAAAUGAAGAAUUAUAAAUAUACUAGAAAAAAUAACAAAAUAAAUUUAUAUUUAAUAAAAAUGAUUUCUUCAACUUGUGAAGCUAUAGAAUAUUCUGUGUGAAAAUUAAAUUUUCUAUACUGAAUAAAAAUAACGUGGUCAGUACAGUAAACAAAGUGCCAUGUGAAUGUAUGGAUUUGUGUGGCGCUGUCAUAAUGCAUGAACACACUUCACACAACUAUACUAUACUACUGUGCAGUGUUUUCGCAAACCCGAACAAAGGUUAUAUGUCCAAUGUUUUUUUUUAUUCAAGCUAAACCAAAAAAUAAAUUUAUAAAUUCUA